AUGGCCGCCGCCGACGACGCGAACGUUCCGACACCGGCGGCGUCCGAGAAGACGCCCGAUGCCGCGACGGCGCCGGCCGCCCGCGCGCGCUCCUGGGCGGAGAUCGCCUCCGCCAAGGACGAGACCCAUCGGACGGGUCCCGACGCUCGGGCUCCCUCGGCCACGAUCCCCGAGGCGACGGACCGCGCGUCCCACCCGCCGCUCGCCGUACGCUCGGGGUCCGCCUCGAACUCCUCGCUCGCCCCGCCGCCGACGCCCGCGGGCCUCGAGGUCGUGUCCGUGAGCGCCGAUACCGUCGCCCUGCGAUGGACGCCGGGGCGACGCGGCGACGCGCCCGCCGACCCCUCGUGUCCAACAUCCGAACGCAACCGCGGCGCACCCGCGGCGGGCGACGAAAACGGCGCAUCCGAAUCUGCAUCUGUCGACGACGACGAGCCCGACGACGCGGAUUACCGCUACGAGGUGCAGACGAGCGGCGACGGGCGGCCCGGUACCUUCGUCACCAUCGCCCCGAACGUUCGAACGUGCGCCUUCGUCGCGACGGGGCUCCGACGCGGCAGUCACCACCUCUUUCGAGUCCGCGCCGUCGUUCUCCCAGCGGAGGACGAGACUGAAGAGCAAGCGCUCCUCUUCUCCGAGUACACGUCCCCGUCGCUCGCGGUCAAAACCGAGGACGGACCGCCGGACGCGCCCCCCAGCGCCCCCGCGUUGGUUGGCCGCGCGACGUCGACGACGAUGACGGUGUCGUGGCACCCGCCGGCGCACAACGGCGGGUGCAGGCUCACGCGAUACGUCAUCCGGUGUUGGCCAAAAACGACUCACGUACCGAGUGACGCGGCGCCAAAGCCGGAGGAGUCCCAGGUUCCGGUGUGGGACGGUUGCGUCUUGACGCUGACGGGGUUGGAACCCGCGACGGCGUACGCCGUGACGGUGAGCGCCAAGAACCUGGUGGGGACGUCGGCGCCCUCGGAGGUUUUCGUCGGGUUCACCGAACCGGCGACGGCGCCCGCUCCACCCGCGAGGGGAAAAUCCCAAAAAACCCAAAAAUCCCAAAAGGCUCCCGAGCUCGGCUCCGAGAUCGUCCCGUUCGAUCUCACCCCCCCCGCGCGCCCGGGCGAGUGCGUCGCCACGUCCACCACGUCCUCGGAGAUUCGCCUGGAGUGGGCGCCGAGGGCCGGGGACGACGGGCGCGAACGCGAGUUUUUGGUGGAGUGGCGCGACGUCGGCCCCGCUUCCGGCCGCAUCCGGGAGUUUCCGGUCGAUCCUUCCGGGGGCGAGUGGUCGGUCGCCUCGUCCCCCGCGCGCCGCCGACGAAGGACGCGCGCGCGGCUCCCUUUCGGAGGCGCGUCGAUGACCCCGUCGUCGAUGACCCCGUCGGCGAUGACCCCGUCGGCGAUGACCCCGUCGCGACCCGGAUCCUCGUCGUCCUCGUCGUCCCUCGUCGCGGGCGAGGAGAUGGACUGCGGGGCGAGCUCGCUCGCCGGGUCCGCGCCCGCCACGCUCUACUCCGCCGCCGGCUCGUCGUCGUCGUCGUCGUCGGCGUGGUCGGACCGAUCCAGCUCGGUCGACGACUCGGCGGACUCGGACCGAUCCGAUCAAAUGUUUGGUUCGUUCAAACGCGUCUUCGUCCCCGAAAACGGCCAGAAGGAAGGCGCCGUAACGCUCGAGGGACUGCGACCUAACCGCGCGAUCCAGUGCCGGAUCGUCGCCGUCGACGCACUGACGCGUCGGGAAUCGAAACCCGGACCAACGACGGUGGCGUGCACCGACGUCGCGCCGCCCCCCGCGCCCGCGGCGGUGACGUGGACGAAUAUCACGGACCAAUCACGUGACGGCGCCCCGUGUUUGGCGGUGACGUGGCGGCUUCCGGUCGGGUGCUUCGCGAGCGACGACCCGGCCUCGGCGCCCACCGCGCACGUCCUGGAGAUGGCGGCGGCGUCACCGCGCGGCGGGGUUCGUCCCGCGUCCGCCGCCGCCGCGGGCAAGAGGAAGGGUAGAGGCGGAAAAGGCGGAAAGGGCAAUCUUCGAACGGGGGCUGAAUCUUCCAACGUCGUCGUCCCUCCCGGCGUGAGUGAGGACGCGUGGACCGUCGUGUACGAGGGCGAGGCGCCGCGCGCCCUCCUUCGCGACCCACCGUGCGCCCCGGGCGACGCCGUCGUGUUCCGCGUCCGGUGCGCCAACGCCGCGGGAUUUGGCGAGUCUUCGAUGCUCGUCCGCUACGACGCCCCGCCAUCGCCCCCGGGGGCGGUGGACGCGCCGGACGUCGUGGCGUGUUCGCCCGACGCGGUGAAGCUUCGAUGGCGCGCCCCAACGAACGCCAACGGCUCCGUCGUCGUCGCGUACCGCGCGCAGAUGAGGACGGUUUUGGAAGAAGGGGGAAGCGGCGAAGAGGGGAUGGGUACGUUUGGUGAAUGGGUCGACGUCGGCGAUGGGAAGGCGACUCGCGGAAGGGCCCGGUGCGACCUGCGCGUCGCCGGUCUGCGCCCCGCGACGACGUACCAGUUCCGGGUCGCCGCCGUGUGCGCCGACGGCGUCCUCGGCGCGUUCGGCGGGUCGACGACGGCGCACACGCCGAGGGCGCCGCCGCGGGCGCCCAAGCCACCCGUCGUCUGCGCUGUCACCGGCACCUCCGUCACCGUGUCCUUCAGCGCCGCCGAUGGAGGGCGAGGGACGACGACGCGAGACGGUGGCGAGAUGACGGCUGACUCCUCCUCCUCCUCCUCCGACGACGACGAAGGGGAGGAUGCCCGAUGGCGACAACGAACCGUGGAGUAUCGAUUGGAGGUGGCCGGCGGCGGCUUCGUCGGCUCUGACGGCGGCGGUGAAUACGACGAGGACGGUUCCAAAGGUUUCGCGUGCGCGUACCGGUGCGGGAAGAUGCGGGAGCGGAUGCACCGCAUCGACGGGUUGGUCCCGGGUUCGAGAGUCCGCAUCCGCGUGCGGGCGGUCGGGGACGAGGGGGGAACGAGCGUGGGAGAGUCGACGGCGGCGAGAACCGUGCCCGCGUCGCCAAAAAAGUCGGGGGGGACGAGUGUCCGACAGAGUGACCUUGGCGGCGACGGGGCGAGGGCGAGGGCGACGCGGGCGGCGGCCAGGGCGGCGGCGGCGUCCAGACCGGUCAUCGCGGCACGCACGCCGGCGGUGACACGGCUGGCGUCGUCGCCGCCGCGUGGGUCGUUGAGCCGGCGGGGGGUUCAACUUCGGCGAAAGUUUCGCCGACAAACUUUGACGGCGUACGCCACCGCGUGCGUCGCCACGGCGUACUUGGCGCUGACGAUGUACUACAGCUGGAGCCAUCUGCUCGAACGGCCUGCGCGCGACGGAAUCGUCCACUGCUGGCGCGAAAUCUCAUCUCAUCGUCACAACGGACCCGGAAGCGUCGCCAUGGCCGCGCAUCAGGCGACCCGCGUGGUCCCGUGGAGGGACUGGGACGAAUGGGAGCGCGUCCGCGUCGGGUUGUGCGGCGCAGACCCGGCGGCGCGCGACGUCGCCCUGGCCCGCGUCGACGCGUGGCGAACGAGGGGCAACGUGCCCCACGCCGUGGAGGUCACCGCGCAGCUGAUGGAGUGCCGCAAACACGACGUCGGCGUGCCCGGCUCGCCCGGGCCGCACCUCUCGGAUACCAUGCUCCAGCUCACCUACGCCAUGUGCCUGGUGCGCAUGGUCAACGGCGCGGUGGACCCGAGCCAGAACGGCAAGUACGCCGCCCCGGUCAUGACCCUCGCCAAGAAGAUCGGCAUACCCGUCGUCCUCGUAGACAUCAGGAUGGAGGCGUCGCACCAGGAGUUACCCUCGCUCGCGCUGCUGCGGCACGGCUCCGAGCGCGCGCUGCAGUGGCUCUUCGAGAGGUACUGGCGGGCGCAGAGGAACGUGCUGGACGCGGUGCGCGACGGCGCGUGCGAGUGCGUCGCGGAGCUCGUCACCGCGGAGGCGGCGAGGCGAGAAAAGGCGGAACUGGUGGACGCCGUCGCGGCGGCGAACAGGGGCAAGGGGAAGACGAAGCGGCGCAGGGGAACAUCGAGCGGCGCGGGAAGAGGCGGGAAGGGCGGCGGCGGCGGCGGCGACGAUGACGACGACGAUGACGACAACGAUGACGACGACGACGACGACAACGACGACGCGUUCGUCGGAGUGAACGACGCCCGCGACUUUGACGGCGACUUUGACCAAUCAGAGGUCCCGAACGCCGCGGCGUCGUCUUCGCCCAAGGCGACGCCCAGCCAGCCGAAGAAGCGCAAGGACACGCCCGCGACGCGCCGCCGCGACGCCCUCAACCGCCUCGCCAACGUGGUGCACAAGGACGACACCAAAACGGUGGUCGAGGCGCUUCUCGUGAUGGGCGCGGCUGUGGCCAGGGCGGAGUCGAAGCCGCCGGAGCCCGACGAGGUCGAGAGGACCACCAUGGAGGACUGGAAGGCGACCGCGGUUCGGCUGAAGAAGCGGUGGGAGUACGUGCACGAGGACCUCGUGCUCCGGGCGGUGGACCGGGCUCUGGAGGAGAGACCAAAGGAUCUGGAAGGAUCUGGAAAGGAUCUGGAAAAAUCGACAAAAAAAGACGACGCGUCCCGCGUAGUCGCCGCGCGAGAUGUCGAGAUCGUCGCCAAAGCCGCGGUCGAGGUGUUCGCCCAACACACGCUCGAGAUGGGCCCCGAGAAGCGACCGGAGUGGUCCGCGGUGUUGUUCGGUCCGGGUAACGUCGGCGACGGCGGCGUUACGGGGGACGCUGGUCCCAAGACUCGACAAAAAGCGCUGACGUGGCACUUACUCCGCAAGACCAUGUCGCUCCCGGACCCCACCAGAGGUCAGACGGAGCUCGGGGAGGCGCUGUUGGCCGCGGUUGGGGGCGGGAGGAAGUUCAGCGCGAGGGCCGGCGCGCUGCUCUCGGGUGAGAGACUUCCCUCGUCGGACAAGAAGGGGAAGGACAAGGGAAGAGGAGGACGAGGAAACGGGGGGGAAAAGAAGGGAACCGACAAGGAACAGCCCGGCGGCGGCGGCGGCGGCGGCGGCCGGCGCAAGGAGCCCGUGCGCGCGGGUCCGUGGACGCUGGUCGAGGACUGGACCCCGUGCGCCCUCGGCGACAUUCCCGCGCACCUGCGCGACGUGGAUCCGAGCUCGCCGGAGUACCGGCCGAUGGUUUUCGGCUCUUCAUCGGCGCCGCCCCGACCCAACCCGGCAGACGACGACGACGACGCGAUCGACACGAAGGAGGAGAUCGCGGCGGAGUUUCCCCUACCUGAUCCGUAUCGACCGCGCGACGGUUCAUCACACGACGCGACGGUUCGCGUUCCGGACGAUCCGCCGAUGGGAUCGGUCACCGCCGUCGCCGAGCUGCUCUGGGGCGCGUGGCCCAAGCCGAGGCCGACGGUGGGCUUUGGAGAGGCGGUGCCCGGGGUGGACUACAGCGUCGGCGCGCCAUUCGUGGACCCAACGCGGCGCAUGAUGUCGCUGCACGAGGGCCAGGCGGACACGCCGUACGUCCGCGACGCCGGAGUCAUCGGCCGCGAGGAGAUUUCAUCCGGACACAAGCCGCUCAAGAACCCGCCCAAGGAUGGUUCGCACCUGCGGCCCGGGUUCGUGAGACGGCCGGGUCGGAGCGUCGGGGUGGGCGCGGGGGGCGGGGAGGAGUUGGAACGGGCGAUCGAGGACGGCAUGAACUUUGGGUUCGUGAACCUGGACGACGACGAGGUCACGGAGGAGCUGGAGGGGUACGAGGCUUCGGGAGCGGCGGAGGAGGUUGACAUGCAAACCGCCGACGACGAAGAGAUGGAGGAGGAGGAGGAGGAAGAGGAAGAAGAAGAAGAAGAAGAGGAGGAGGAUGGGGAUGGCGGCGGGGACGGUGCCGGUGGAGGGGACGACGACGAUGGCGACCGGGGUGGGGACGGGAUGGCCGUGAGCAUCGGCGGGGUGCGGGUGGUGCUGUCCGCUGAGGACAGGGACGCCGUCGCUUCAAACGUGGAGUGUCUCAUGUAA